GUACUUGUGAGCGUGUUUGACGCAGUGUCAACUUUGCAUCAACUUGGCAGCAACGGGGGGUACGGCCACCGCAUGCCGCAUCUGCCGCCCUCUUUCAAUGGCGCGCAGGCACUACCCCGAUCAGGCAUUUGUACCAUGGCCCAGCUGCCCUGUGCGCUCAUACAAGGGAUGUACAGCCUCGGGGGUGCGAGCUGGCAAGCAGCUGCUCGUACUGGGCUUGUACUCCGACAGACAUCGGUACCUGGACCGGCUCAGCCGACCGCCUGAUCGCUGCGGGACUCGUUGUCGUUUUGUCGCAGUGCAAUUCCACAGCUGUUGGAGCAUGGAGGACUCGCGCGUUGGCGUUGGCAUCUCAGUCGGCUCAUUCUCCUCGUUCUGUGUCAGUUCUGAGGCGGGCCAAUACGUGCUAAUCCACGUUAUUGUGGGCAAAAGGGUCUGGUUCAGUGUUCUGCUCUGCUAUGUACUGUACUCGUACUGUAAUUUCAAGUGGGGAGAGGCGGCCCCUCUAAACCCCGAAGGACAGAAGCAGGGCUUAGUGGCACAGCAAUCGAAAGUAAAUGCAGGGCCGUGGGAAGAUGGCGUCUCUGAUACGGUGCAGUUGACCGACGCUGCAAAUACAGCACAGCGGCCAACUCGAUUCACGCUCCUGUUGCGGAUGUCGGACGGCCACAAGACGACACGACGACAACUUGAUCAAGCAGUUGGUGGCUCAGGAGUGCACGAGGACAUCCAUGACAUGGAAGGCAAAUGAAACAGCGGCAAUAGAUUUGUAAAACCCGACCACGAGUAAGCAUUUGGCCCGUCAAAGCUGUCGAUCGGCAAGGUCGUGCUUCCGCGAGCCGCGCCAUGUCGGCUCUCCGCGCCGCCGUUUUUUAGCAUCACGGCCAGCUCGAGACGGGGGCUUAUAUGCCACUGCUAGGCGCGAAUCUACCGAGAGGCCGAUUCAAUUCA